CCCAUAGGAGAGCUCUUGUUUCAUUCAAUAUUUUCCUGUAAUAUUAUGGCAACCAUGAGAAACUUCUCACAGGCUGAUGGAGAUACGAUCACCAUUCUCAGCAUUGACGGAGGAGGUGUCCGGGGGAUUAUCCCUGCAACUCUCCUUCAAUGUCUUGAGGAAAAGCUUCAGAAACUGGAUGGUCCAGACGUUAGAAUAGCAGAUUAUUUCGAUGUCAUUGCGGGGACAAGCACUGGAGGGCUAGUUACCGCAAUGUUAACUGCUCCAAAUGAGGAAAACAGACCAUUGCUUGCGGCAAAGGACAUUACGCAGUUCUAUUUGAAUGAAAGUGAGAAAAUUUUCCCAGCCGCAAACCGUGGAAAGGUGCAUUCAGCAAUAACUCUUUUCAGAGGCCCUGCAUAUGAUGGCAGUUAUCUGCAUGAUCUUGUGAAAAGAAAAGUAGGUGAUGUUCGACUGGACGAACUAGUAACUAAUGUGGUGAUCCCAACCUACGAUACUCAAUUACUACAGCCCACAAUUUUCUCUACUUUUGAGGCCAAGCGAGACACAUCAAAAAAUGCAAAGUUAUCAGAUGUAUGCAUUGGUACGACGGCUGCCCCAACAUUUCUUCCUCCUCAUUAUUUUGAAACAGAAUACCCCUCCGGCAACACCAGAAAGUUCAACCUGAUAGAUGGAGGAGUGGCUGCUAACAAUCCAGCAAGUUUAGAUAUGGUGGACAUUUACGCCUCCUUAAUCUUCCAAUCCUUUAAGACUGGAAAGAACUUUGAGCCUGGAAGGAACUAUAUCAGAAUUCAGGAUGACAACUUGGAGGGAGAUGCAGCCUCUACUGAUAACUCUUCUGAGAAAAAUCUUAAGGAACUUGAAAAGAGAGCCAAUUAUCUCCUGAAAAAGGAUGUUGGCAGAGUCAAUUUAGAGACGGGAACGUUUGAGCCAGCUCCUGGUAAGGCUAAUGUUAGCAACAGAGAAGACUUGGAGAGCUUUGCUAAGAGACUCUCGGACGAAAGAAAGUCGCGACUCUCGCGAUCAUCUGGUGACAGAGCUCGUAAUGAUAUCUGUUUUCUUCUUGUGUUACGUUUAAUCAUGGUGUAG